CGCUCACCUGCAUUUCGCGUCGCAACUUUCGCUUUUGCAUAAACUCCCAAUUCUUUGCGAACUUCUACCAAAACACCUACUUCUCCACUUCACGCUACCGCAAAUAACAUCCUCCACCGCAACAAUGGCCGAGAACAGCGCUACCAUUCCCCAGGAUCCCUCCAAGAUCCAGGAGGAUUCUGUCGCCGAGUCCAAGGGCAAGGGCGCUGCUGCCCCUGAGAACAUCCAUGAGGACACUGCCAUGGAUGAGGAUGACGAUGAUGACGACAGUGAUGAGGAUGAGGAGGUAUGUGCUGCCGCCAUUUAUGAGGACGGCAUGGAGGAGAUUGAUCUCAACAACAUCGUCGAGGGUGGUCGUCGCACCCGAGGCGCCGUCAUUGACUUUGCCAAGGCUGCCGAGCAACAUCCCGCCGCCGAGGACGAGGAUGAGGAGGACGAUGAUGACUUCCAGCCCACCGAGGAUGUCAAGAUGUCCGACUAGAUUUCAGCGCACGUCGAGAAGUCGCAAACCUUCACUUGACGACACGUUCGCGUGAGGAUUUAACGGGUGGUAGAGGCAUGAUGUUAUGAUUUGGGACGUGGACAAAUACAAAAAUGGGAACUGGCAGGCAGACAACUCUUUAAACUCGGGCCUGGAUUUGGGAUCUGGGCGGGAUGGAGGGAGCAGCCAAAAACCCAGCAUUAUCUGCUUUGCAUAGCUACUGUCCCUAUUAGUUAGACAUGGAGCAAUAUGGAAGCACCUUAAUACGGUCAAACGAGGCUGUCUUG